AUAAAUGUGUUUGCUUCAUUUCAGGGGCUCAGAAGCUCUUCUUUAUCUCCGCCGGUCAGACUUCCAUCAGCGGGACUCAAUGCCAGAUCAGUUUCAUCUUCUCCAUCCCCCAGACACCCGUCACCCAGCAUCCGGCCCGCAGCAGGACACACUUUCACAAGAUCUCAAAAACCCCUCACGCCCUGGGAAGCGGCUUCACGCCACCCGCUGGGACUCGUGGAUGAAGCUUUCACGUUUCUGAACAUCCAGCAAUCCAUCGCUUCUAAUCUGCGCUCCGCUGCUCAGAGUAAACGUUUACCUGAGCCGCCGGCCGAGUGGAAGGCAAAGGUUGCCUAUGAGCCUCCACUGAAAAGCCAAAAAGACAGUAUUAAUCAAACACCGUUUACUUUUCUGUCCCCGACCAAGAGCACGGCAUCAGCUCCGGCUGGGCCGGUUCCGUACGGAUCAGCCUUUAGACAGAUUCAACCACAACGGUCCAUGACUGAGGCUGAUCUUGGGGUCCCACGUGGAGAAAUAAAGCAAACAGGACCCCGUCCGCUGAGACUCUAUAAAGCCAAAGACAGCAGCGCAUGGAGGCGUUAAGAGGAGACGGAAAACUACAGUGGCCUAAAGAGCUCAAAUGUGCUGCAAGUGAAGUAAAUACAAAUCGUGCAAAUACGAAAACACACUGCAAGUUAAAGAGCACUUAUUUUACCCCUUUUACCAGAUCUAAGAUAAGCCUUUGGUGUCUCCAGAGUGUGUCUGUAAAGUUUCAGCUCAAAUUACCUAUCAGAUUAUUUAUUAUAGCCUCUAAAUUUGCCUAUUUUGCUGUCUGGGUAUACUGUAGCUGUUUUUGUAGCCUGUGGCUUUAAAUGCAAAUGAGCUGCAUUUCCCCGACCACCGCUCCCACAAGCUUGUCUGCUGCUCAUCAUGUGUUAUGUCAGAUAAACAGCAGUCAGUGAUAGAGACAGACUCGGAUGAAGCUAAAAUACAGCAUUCAAGAGUUCACACUUACCUCACGAUUUAU